AUUUUGGCUCCGGCGGUUCCCUGUUCUGGUCAGUGUCAAUGUCAAAGUCAGGAAAGUAAGGAAAGUUAGUGAAGUUCGCGUGUUUCGUCCCGCUUCGCCUAAGAGUAUUGCUCCGAACAGUCAAGAUUUCCUUCUGAAUGUGUGAAGCAUCAAGUACAGUGGUGUAUUGAGAACGUUGAGCUAUUUAAGCGAAGUGUCGUCUUUGGUCGUCUUGUAAUACUUUUUUUUUUCAACAUCACGUGCCUUCGUCGUUGCGGUCUUCUGUCGACCACAAGUAGCACAUUGGUGAAAGGCGACCACUAGACUGACCUCCGGGGGCUCACGUUGACUAACGUGAAACCUGACGCGAUUCAACGGAAAGACUGUUAAAAAGCGGACAUGGAAGGUACUUCAGCAGCUAGUAUGGAUCCUCGCUGUCCCCCACAAAACCCUGUCGCUUCUAAUUCCAGCACGGGUCAAAGUACAUUUGUACCCGUAACUUCACCUUCAUCGCAAUCACGAGGCAAGAGGCAACAAAGAGGCGAGAUGACACCGUCUUCAUCGCAACAAAGCUUACGCAGUUUCAUCACUACCACUAGCACACCUACCCCAGCAAACCUCUCCCCAGGGUCCUCGCACCACGGUCCCGGGUUUAGGAGUUUUAUCGAACUGGCGAUAAAUGGAGACGACGCCGGCCUGCUCGAACUGCUCAGCAGCGGGGAGGAUGCAGUUCUAAGCAGAGAACAGCUGGUGGAACGGGGCGUGUCGGCCUUGCACGUGGCAGCUUCCCGAGGCCACAUUAAAGCUGUGAUAGUCCUCGUCGGAGUCAUACACGUCGACGCCACUGACGACCAAUUGCGAACUCCUCUCCACCUCGCGGCCCUGAACGGUCACCGGCUAGUUGCCGUUCGCCUUGUAGACUUCGGAGCAAAGAUCAACGCCAAAGACGCUGCCGGGUUUACACCCAUGGCACUUGCGGCGAGAAACGAACACACGCUUUUGGUGUAUACUCUUUUGAGAAAGAAAGCAAAAAUUGAUGAGAAAGCGAUGGUAAUGGCCGCAAACAACUGUAGUUGGGAUUUAAUUGGCACCUUUCUACUCAGAACAAGAGGAUUAGAAGACACGUGCGAUAAGCGUGGUGACCCACUUAUUGUGAUAGCUGCAAGAAAUCGUCGUUGGGAUACUGUUAAAUUACUCCUGAAAAAGGGAGCAUCCCCGACCAAAUGCAGCAACCGCAUUGAACCGCAGGAAGAAACCGCAUUGAUGUAUGCAACGAAGUACCGUGCAGGAGAAAUAGUGGAUCUCCUAAUGAGAAAAGAAACGAAAUACAACACUGAACAGCUGCAAUAUGCUUUUGGAAAGAAUUGCGGAGGAAGAAUCCUGAAGGGAGAAGAUCCCUUGUUUGGACCCAGCGAGGUGACACCCACUAGAGCAAUGGGUGUAAUUGAUCCGUGUACGCAGGCAGCUUCUCAAACUGAAAAUGGUUCUAUUGCUGCUGAACAUGCUGCUACAACAAGUGCAGCAGUUGCUUAUUCUAGCCUUGUGAAAGAUACUUGUACUUCUGGACAGGUGCAAGAAGCCAUUCUGCGAGAUGAAUCUGCGCCUUCAGUGUGUGAUCCUCUUCCAGAGAUGGCUUCUGAAGCAUGCAUAUUAGACGAGUUUGACCAGUGGCGUUAAAUUAAUGUUCACUUUGAGGGGUCAGAACUCAGAGAUAAUUUUAAAGAAUUUUUGUUAUGUGCAGUGAAUGACUUGCUUCAUUGUGCACAAAGUUUCUGAACAUAUCUCUCUUAUGCUGACAGUUUGUAAUGUUACGAACGAGAGUUUUAAAAUCAGUGUGUAUUCUGUCAUUGGAUACAGAUCCAUUAUAUAAACUGUAUUUCCCACAUCUGAUUUGUAAAGUUCUAAUUAAAUAAAAUUUAAAGAUAAAAUUAAUUCUGUAA